GUGCGCGGCUCGCUGAUUGGUUCGACGGUUUGAAAGAUGGCGGCAUAACCGAUGCUGAAUGGAACGGCGGGAAAAACAAGAAGGCAUUUGUAGAUAAUUGUUUGUUUCGACUUUUAGGCUGUUUGAGAAGGCUUGCAAAGUUUACAAUAACCGAAUAUUUAAAAACCUUCAUUUGAUACCCAUUUAAAGGGCUUUGAUUAUUGCCUGGAUCCAAGGAAGACCCUCCAUUAACAGUUUUCAGUUGGAAUCCUAGGCAGCAUGGCACAAGAAAGGAAGGCCAAACCGAAAGGUCUUCACAUUUCUUUGUCAUCUCAGUGGAAGAAUGAGCCAAGCAUCGCAAAUGAUGGACAGCCUGCUAUAUCUCCGAUGACAGAACUUGCCAUAAAUUUCAAGCAAAGUUGUAAAAGUUAUUCAUCAACCCCACGGAGAAGGUUAUCGCUUACAGACAUUCAAAAUACUCCAACCCCAAUAAAGUCACUUUCAAAAGCAGAUUCUACAGAGUCAGGAAUUUGUAUGGACUUCAGCAAUGAUGUAAUUGACUCUCCAACUUUGUGUGACAUAAGGGCAAGAUCAAAAAGAUCAUCUACUUCAGAAUUUUCACUGAGGAGGCGGGCCACUCUCCAGAGGUCAAAUUCGAUGCAGGCAACCUCUUCAUUUGCACUGCCACUUGCUUUCAAACUGAACGAAGAGGAGUUUUCACCAGUUAAGAAGGCAGACAAACAUUGCCAGGAUGAUAAAGAGAUUGCUUUAGAAUUGGAUUCAGUUGGUUUGCCUGACGAGCUAACCCUUAUGCCAGAUAUUGAUGACUCCACUCACAACAGAUCAAUCUCUGCACCCCCUGUGCUUGAUUCGAUAGAUACAUAUUGUGUAAAUAUAGUUGGAAGAUCAACAUCACCUGCGAGUUCUGAUGGUUUUGACUUCAUUGAGGACGAUGAGAACUCAAAUGAUGGUAGUAUACCUAAAGGGAUGUCUAAUUUGAUUAGUGGCAAGAUCUUGAACAAGGAAAAUGAGUCAAGAAAGACCAGAAAAGUGUCUCAGGAAGACAAGGAGAAUGUUUUCCCUUUAACACAGAAUGUCAUUCCUGAAAAUAAACCUGUUGAUGACCAUUUCAAACGACCCAGCCAACUUAUUCGAAGGAUUCAAAAGCGAUCAGUUUCUUUCUCCGUAAAGCGCCCUGAAUCUCAAAUGGACUUUAGUCCGAUCUCCAGCAAAAGAACGAAGAUUCGAAGUCAGUCUCUGUACAAUGCAGAUGAGCAAUUGAAGAAACCUUUAUUUUCGCAGCACCACCCGAUGCCAAGGCUAGCUCGAUCGUUGUCUGUUGAAAGUCCAAGCAAACAUAAAGAAGACAUUUUUGGUUGUGAUGACAAAAAUUUAAUCGGUGACAAAUCGAAGCCAUGCUGUUUGCCGUUACUUGAAAAGGGACAGCAUCCAGAUCUCAAGUCAAUUUCACCUGCAACGCUAUGCAAGGUUUUGGAUGGAGAGUAUAGCGGAAUUUUAGACGAAGCUAUUAUUGUCGAUUGCCGAUAUCCGUAUGAGUUCAAAGGUGGUCAUAUCAAGACUGCAAUUAAUAUCUACACGAAGGAAGAAAUGGUAGAGCAGUUUUUACAGAAAUUGAAGUCUCAGCCAAGCAAAAGAACUGCGAUCAUAUUUCAUUGUGAAUUCUCGUCGAAGAGAGGUCCAACACUGUGCCGGUUUUUGCGCAACAAAGACAGGGACAUACACAGGACGUGUUAUCCAACCUUGUUUUAUCCUGAGCUGUAUAUUUUGGAAGGUGGCUAUAGAGAUUUCUUUAAUGAAAAGAAGGAGUAUUGUGAACCGCAAGCCUACCUUAAGAUGGUUGAUGAAAAGUUUUCUCAGGAUUUAAAACAUUUCACCAAGAGAUCAAAAUCAUGGAGCGGAGAGAACAGUCGGAUGAGAUGUGGCUUGAGAUACUAAUUUGUGUAAUUAUCAAUCGAUUGUAAAUGGAACCAAACAGGGCUUGAUGAAAUAAACCUUUUGCCAGAUUAAUAUUCUCCCUACAUUAAUUUUGAUUUGAGCAUCUUUCGAUAACUGCCGAUUGGGAUCCAAAAAUCCACCUCGCAACAGCGUUAUUCCCAGGCUUCCAAACUGUUGACUUUAAGAAUAGUUUUGAACACUGUGCAUAGAGUUGUACGAUGUUUUUCUUUUACUGUUGAAAGUGAAUCUCCCUGUAACGUGUUCUGACAGACACAAUGACGCCCUUUUAAGUUCCUUAAGAUAAUCGAAGAUUUUCACUGACGUCAUUUUUAGAAUCCAACCGUUGUUCUUCCAUCUAUUGCGGUUGGUUUUGAAAACAAGUUGUUCUGUAACGUGGGCGAUAACUCUGCCCCCCUCCUGCUGUUUCCUUUUAUUAAAGAGGGUUUUAUUUCACUGUCGUCAUAUAAGAGCGCAGAAUUUGUUUCUUUCUCCCGCUGUUCAGUAUGAUGCUCUUUGAUAGCACAUUUUAUUCACCACUUCAAUGCCAGUCAUUGGUCAUUACCCCCAAAUGCAAACUUGAAAGAUGGUUGCUUUGAUUAAUAUACUAUGCUCAACUGUUCAACUUCAAGAUAAGGCUUACUUACUGUACAUUGUACUGUACAUUUUUAUGUAACGGAUUAAACGGAAGAAUUUUUAACAGCUAGGAAAUGACGACAUUUUGCCAAGAUCAUUUUGUCUGACAUAGCCAAUGCCUGACCGGGACCCAUUUUCCUCCCAACUGUGACCAACUCCCAACUAAAUUUAAACUGGGCGUCAUUUUGUUCAUAUUUCCUGACAAAGUAUAAUCAUUUUUUCUCGUAUACCUACACUAUCUGUCUCUUUUUAAUGCUUAAUUUUGUUUUAAUUCUGGCCCACGCAGGGCAACCAUGUGUAAGUCAUUUUUUCAAGUGCAUCGUUGUAAAAUGGCGUAUCGCUCACUACAUUCUGUCUUAAAUUAAUUCAGCUACAUGAAAUGACGUAUUUGGCUUAAUUUAAAUACAUGUGCUGGCACAUUUAAGCCUUUCUUCGUUUUUAGUUGACUAGUAGAGUGCAGUAGCAUUUAUGUACAAAUUCGCAUUUAAAUACAUUGCAUUGCUGUAGAGGAAGAGUAAAUUGGUGGGAAACCCCUCCGUGGAAUCCCCCUGUCGAGCCUUA